AAAUAUAAAAGUUUGGGAUAGUUAUAUUUUUUUCUAGUAUUAAAAAUUUCAUGAUGAAAUAUCUAACACCAUAAAAGAUAUCAAACCAAAAAAUACAAAACACUUUCUCUCUCUCUCUCUCUCUUUUUCUUUCUCUCUCAUCAUUUCCAUCAUUCAUGGCUUUUCUUCAAUAUUAUCAUCAAUUUCAACUUAUUUUACUCAUUUUCUUCUUGUUGUUCAUCUCUUUAUCACAUUCUUCAACUAUGUCCAUUCAUGAUCUUCUAAAAUCCAAAGGCUUACCAUAUGGUCUUCUUCCAAAAGAAGUAAAAUCUUACAAUUACUCAUCAACUAAUGGGCUUCUUGAAGUUUAUUUAGAUGGGCCUUGUUUGACUAAGUUUGAUACAAUAGCCUUUUAUGAGAGUUAUUUAAAAGCUAAUCUUACUUAUGGUAGCCUUAAUGGUGUUCAAGGAUUUUUACAAGAAGAAUUAUUUGUGUGGCUACCUGUUAAAGGAAUUAUUGUUGAUGAUCUUAAUUCUGGGAUUAUACUUUUUGAUAUUGGAUUAGCUCAUAAACAACUUUCACUUUCACUUUUUGAAGAUCCACCACAUUGUAAUCCAAAUGGAAUUCAGAAAAAGAAAACUGAAACAGGACAGAGAUUUGAAGCACAAAGAUAGAAAAUGUUGUCUUGUGACUUAGAUAUUUACUUAUAAUAAUAGUAGUUGUGUUUCUCGUCCGAUGUUUGGUAUCUGUUUUGAAGAAAAUUUCAUUACGAGGGUAAAAUGUUUCCUUCCAAAGACAGACUUCAUAUCAUGACUCAUGCUCGAAAUUUUUGGUUAAAAAUGAUGGAGUACUUAACACGCCACUAUAACUUUUUGAUAGUGUAUUAGUUACAUAUUAGUUUCUUGAAAUUGUAGGAUAAGAGUCUCUAUUUAGAUGGAAGGUUGUAGAGAAUUUGGGAAUAUAAGAUCUAGUGUUGAUUAGAUGGAGAUAUAUGCUAAUCUUCCAAGUAUUAACUUUGUAUAUCUUUUGUUUAUUUGGUUGUUUGGAUCUUUUAUAGAUUGAUUA